AGCCAGCUGCACGCACAUACCUUGUUUUUGGGGUUUGGGGUUUGGAGAUUUCACUCACCUGGCUCCACAGGGCCCCACUCAUCUCACAAGAUCUAGGGUUCGGGAGAUUCAGUCAUAUCUUGACGCCGGGCUUGGGAGCACGUCAGCUGGGAAGUCUAUUCUAUAUUGGUGAUGUAACCUCCGAGUCAAAGCCUCCUGUUGGUAACUCUCACCUUUUCUGUUGGACUUCCACCCUCGAGGCCUUAAUGCCCACGUCUAUGAUACGUAUAUAUACGGUAAACCCAAUUCUCGACCGUUUUCAGAAACAUGGAAGCUGCAUAGCGCCACACUUAGCUAACACAGCUUCAGAGUGUCGAUGGCAUUUUAAAGGUUCUUGGGACUCACUCAACAGUUGGGCGCUGUGCUUCACAUUCCUUGCUGGAACCUGUCUACUGCACUUUAUGCGAUGACCUACCAAUCCAAACCUACUUCCAAUGGGGUGUAUCGCAUCAAAGUUCUCAAUCAGGAUCUUUUCAUCGAAAGCGCUUCUGGUAAUAACCCAGGGCUGAAGCUUGCUUUGCCUUCUCCAACCAGCAACACGCAAAAAUGGACCCUUACCCGAGUGUCAGGGCAAAACAACGUCUGGACGAUAGUCAGCGUCGAGGAUGGGUAUGGUGUGACCCACAAGAAGACCGCAAAGACCUACUGGGGUUAUGGAUACCCUUAUCCUCAGAAUGGUCCUUCCUUGAAUUGGUUUAUAUUGGAACGAACCAGUGAUGGUCAAACCUUCUCGAAGAUAAAGCUGAGCGGCAAGUCGAGCUGCUUUGACUCCUGUGAUCCAGGAUCAGAUGCUGUCCACUUUUAUUAUGACCAUACUCAUGUCUACGAUUUUCCCAAACAAUGCUUCGUUUUUGAGUUAGUUCCAAACCCUUCUGUGCCACUGGAUAUCAUGUUCCUUCAAGACGCUACAGGGAGUCAACAACCAUAUAUCAACACCGCGCGCAGUGGGAUCACCCAGAUUUGCAACACUCUUUUAGCUGGGGGAAAAUUCACUCCGCAAGAUCUCAGAUUUGGUCUUAUUGCCUUCCGCGACCAUCCUCCUCAAGAUCUGAGCUUCAUCAUCCAGGAAUACCCUUUCACGUCCGAUGUUGGAAGUUUUACUUCUAAUUUAGGCGGCUUAACAGCGAUGGGCGGUGGAGAUGAACCUGAAUCUCAAAGUGAUGCUUUGUCCGCUGCCUACAAGGCUGACUGGAAGGACGAAGCGACAAAGGUUGUGGUGUUGAUUACCGAUUCACCCCCGCAUGGAAUUGGAGAAGAUGGAGAUAACUUUCCUGACGGGUGUCCACUUCAAAUUGACCCGCUCCGUGUUGCAACGCAAAUGGGAAAGGCUGGCAUCACUCUGUAUGUGAUUGCGUGCGAGCCUUCUCUGGGUCAGGCUUACAAGAGAGCGCGUGAUUUCUACCAAGGGUUGGUCAAGAAAACCGGAGGGAAAGUGGUCAACCUCGGCGAUCUCAGCGUGCUACCCACUCUCAUUGCUGGUUCCGCUCUAGAAGCAGUCGACAGCGAGAUUUACGUUGCCAAGUAUCAGGCUGAAGUUCGCAGUAUGGCGAACGAUCAGAAGAUGAGCGCCAGCGAAAUUCUUCUGAAGCUACACAAGAACUUUGCGGCUGCAGGCAUCCAACACACCACCCUCGUCGUCGAUAAUAUGUACAAACAGCGUACACAAGGAGAUCGGAAUGCCGACAUAUGGUUCAAUGCUGAGAAUCUCAACGAAGCGAAGCAUAAUAUUCAGGAGGUUGAAGGCAGUCGUAUUAUCGAAAAGUACCAGACCCCUGGGGCAGAACAAUCCGCUACUGUAGAGAUGCAGCCGAUCAGCUUGGCUCAGGUUGAGACUGUCGUUCAGAAGUGUCUUAUGAGAGAAUUGUAAGUUUGAAGACCAUGUUGUUUUCGCGGAUAUCGGCAUGUAUUAGUAUUACCCGGUUCGAGUUAUGUAACGCCAUAGCAAGUCUCAUUGAAUUGAAAGAUCAAGGUCUGCGGAGCUAUGGUGCUGUUCACUUGUGUACUUUGUGCGGACGCCAAACCGACCUCAAAUUUUUCAUUAGCUAUAAAACCCGAAAUCUUCGGGUCCUCGAGUCUCGAUGCUCACUCGCACACAGGUGAAUGGUUGUGUACGUACGUGAAACACAUUAGAGUCCAAAUCAUCAUCGGAUAAACCUGGAAACCCACCACACAAUAACACGCAGGGGAGCAUUUCGGUGUAUAUUAUUUAUCGCAAGCCUCGUGGCGGAGGACAAGAUUCAGGAAGCUGUUAUCUCUCGUCAAUCACCAGGUUGCUCACAUCCCACUCGCAUUAUAAAAAGC